AUGGCCCCCACAGUUCACUCAGCCAAAUUGACACUGUCAUGUCCGCUCUUCGCUGCGGACUUUGACCCGCGCGACAACGGUCGACUUUUAGUCGGCGGCGGAGGCGGCGAGGGGCGUAGCGGAUCCCUUAUUGACACAUCGCGUCGUGACGAGAUCACCGAGGCUAUCGAAUUGAACCUAUCGCGCGAUGAAGACUCAGUAACCUCGCUGGUUGCGGCCCCGCUGACUAGCGACGAGGCGGACUCGCUUGUUGCUCUGGCCGGUAUCAAUAGCUCCGUGGAACAGCAGAAAAACAAUAACAAUCAACAUCUCCGCGCAUUCCGAUUCGAGGUGCCGCGAAAGACUACCGCUGUUGCUGCUUCGAAUACACAGAACGCCGAAGAAAGUGAGAAUGCCACAAAGGACAGCAACUCAGAGGUUAUUCCCGGGAAGGCCAUAGCUUUAUCGCAAGCAUCGCUCUUUCGAACGAAGAACGGGCCAGGAUUUUCAGAUACAUACCAACGAGUGACGAGACUUUCGCCGUGGCCGAAAGAGAAGGAUGGCACUGAGAAACAGGCACGGAUCGGAGCCGUUGCCACGGGACUAGCACAAUCCGGUGAGAUUGUAUUCUUCAGCGCCACAGAGACGCCCAGUGAGAAGGACAUCAUUGGCCGUAUUCAAUUAAGCAGCAAUGAAGAGGCCGAGGAUCUGGACUUUGUCGCCCUCGAACACGACUUGGAAAAGACCGACGAUGCACACGGGCGGUUCCUUAUGGCAUAUACGAACGGCGUAGACGUUAUGGUGGGCGAGAUCUCUUCUUCUACCCGCUCCAACAGCUCCCCCGACGUCCGCUCCGUUUAUACCAUUCCUCUGCCCGCCAGCGGAGCCCGGACACCACGGUCCAAGGUCCGCGCCCUGCGAUUCCUCUCGCCCAGGAUCCUACUCCUCCUCCAAAACGCCCCAAAUCGAGGUGGUAGCGAGCUUGUUCUCCUUCAACUCUCCAAUGCCAAAACGACCAAGUCCAAAAUUCUGCGACGUCGCAAGCUCCCUCGAACCGUGAAGAUCGGCCUAGGACUCGACAUCUGCCAACUCGGAACAAACCCGCAAGGUCAACAACAAACCGUCAUCGCAGUCAGCGGCAGCGACAACUCCAUUCCUCUAUUCACUCUAGAAUACGGACCAAACCGCGGCUACAGCAACUUCCGCACCUACACAACCCUCCGCGACGUGCAUCCCUUCUCAAUGACAAAACUCACCUUCUCAAAUUUCAUCGCGCCCCCACACCCUGUAACCCCAGACGUCGGCCCGCAGAGCAUAAAGCUCGCCUCCGUCAGCAUGGGCAACACGGUCGUCGUACACACAUUCCCACUAUCCCCCUUCCCAACCUCAUCCCGCACCCCCCCGCUACGUCCUCGUCACUCCAGGCCCCGCCGAGAUCUGGGAACUACAAUGCUCGCCUUCGCCGAGAUCCGCGGCGGAACCCCGCCUAUCCUCGGCGCCACAGAGUGGCUUCCAGAUAGCAUCCGCGGAGUUAUCGCACGGGAAUACGUCCUACCAUCACGAGAUCAGCUGACGUAUUUUGAUACACUUCUCGCACCGCGAGGAAGCGACAGUGAUGUCGAUAUUCCAGCGGCGACCAUUGUCCCCACAGACUCGCAGAUCGAAUCCCUCCGCGAAAUCCUGGAUCGCGUACACCGCGCCGGCGCCGCACCUGCUGAUCUGGAACCCGUUGCGCCGCAGCCUCUUUCUGUUAUUGUGCGGUGUGGUGCCGGACAGAAUGCCGAGCAAAGCGUGAUUAUCGAGACAGCUGCGUCUGCGUCUGCGGACGAGUCCGAGCAGUCCGAGGAGGAGAAAUUGCAGGCUUGGAAGGAUCUUUCUGCGUCUGAGCAGAGUGCUUGGAAGCAGAGGCUUAUCGAUGCGGGGCGUUGGACAGUUUCUGAGGGAGAGAAUGUCCUUAUUGGAGUUCUGUUUAGUGAGGCUUGUGGGGGCUUGGGGAGGGCUGUGAGGGAGGGAUUGCCUUGA